CGUCGACGACCCUUUCGACCUCUUCAUCUCCUCCACCAACAUCCGGUACUGCUUCUACAAGGAUACGGAGCAGGUCCUGGGCAAGACCUUCGGCAUGUGCAUCCUGUCGGACUUCGAGGCGCUUACUCCGAACCUGUUGUGCCGGACCAUUGAGACGGUCGAAGGUGGUGGCAUGAUCGUUCUGCUUCUGAAGACGAUGUCGUCCCUGAAGCAGUUGUACGAACUGGCCAUGGAUGCUCACCAUUCGUUCCGCACGGAGACCCACGUUGACUCCGAGCCCAGAUUCAACGAGCGCUUGGUGCUGUCGCUGCGGGAGUGCAAGUCAUGCCUCGUGGUCGACGACGAGCUCAACAUACUGCCCCUCUCAGCGCACGCCAAGGACCUGAAGCCGCUGGCCGAGGAGCAGGACGGGGGCGUCGAGGACGCGCCGAAGACGGCGCGGCAGCAGGAGCUCGAGGAGCUGCAGGCCACGACGGCCGACACGCAGCCCAUAGGCCCGAUCCUCUCGGUGGCGAAGACGGCGGACCAGGCCAAGGUCCUCAUGGGCUUCAUCGACGCCAUAUCCGAGAAGGCCCUGAACCGCACGGUCGCCCUCACCGCCGCGCGCGGGCGCGGCAAGUCGGCGGCCCUCGGCCUCGCAAUAGCGUCUGCGGUCGCCUACGGUUACUCCAACAUCUUCGUCACCGCGCCCUCUCCAGAGAAUUUGGGUACCGUGUUCGAGUUCAUCUUGAAGGGGUUCGACGCGCUUGGCAUGACCGAGCACCAGCAGUACGAGCUGGUCCAGGCCGACAGCCCCGAGCUCAACAAGGCCUUGGUACGCAUCAACGUAUUUCGAGACCACAGGCAGACUAUCCAGUACGUCAACCCCAACGACUGGCAGCACUUGGCGCAGGCCGAGCUGGUGGUCGUCGACGAGGCGGCGGCCAUACCGCUGCCGGUUGUGAAAAAGCUGCUGGGUCCCUACCUGGUGCUGCUCUCGUCGACCGUCAAUGGAUACGAGGGCACCGGCCGCGCGCUGUCGCUCAAGCUCAUAGAGGACCUCCGGCAGGGCAAGUCAGUUGGCCGCGCGGGGACGGAGCGCACCCUGAAGGAGCUCGCGCUCGAGGAGCCCAUCCGUUACGCCAUGGGCGACCAGAUCGAGGCCUGGCUCAGCAGGCUGCUCUGCUUGGACGCGGCACAGGUGCCGACCCUGUCGCUCUCGUCCCUGCCGGUGCCUUCCCAGUGCGGGCUGUUCCUCGUGAAUCGCGACGCCUUGUUCUCACACCACGAGGCAUCGGAGCGAUUUCUCUUCAAGAUGAUGUCGCUGUUCGUCUCGAGCCACUACAAAAACUCUCCCAACGAUAUGCUCCUCAUGGCAGACGCUCCCGCCCACCACCUGCUCGUGAUGCUGCCGCCGAUCGACGCCUCGUCGGGGCAGGCCGAGCUGCCGGAGGUAAUGGUCGCGAUCCAGGUCUGCAUGGAGGGCGCGCUGUCCAAGGAGUCCGUGCGCGCCUCCCUGAAGCGGGGCCUGCGGCCGUCGGGCGACCUGAUCCCGUGGACGCUCACGCAGCACUUCCUGCACGACGGCUUCGGGCAGCUGUCUGGCGCCCGCAUCGUCCGCAUCGCGACGCACCCCGCGCUGCAGCGGAAGGGCUACGCCUCGGAGGCGCUGAGGCAGCUGCUCGCCUGGUUCGAGCAGCGGUCUCGGGCCGGAGCCUCGUUCGGCGACGGCGCGGGGGCGAAGCGCAGCAAGAAGGCGAAGGCGGAGGAGGCGGAGGCGGCCGUGCUGCUGGAGGAGCAGAUCGAGCCGCGGAAGGUGCCGCCGUUGCUGGAGGCGGUAGCGGAGAUUCCUCCGCCUUACAAGCUCGACUACGUCGGGACGUCCUUCGGCCUCACCCACGAGUUGCACGAGUUUUGGCGCAAGGCGAGCUUCCGACCCGCAUACAUCCGCCAGCAGCCGCACGCCGCCACGGGCGAGCACUCGUCCAUCUUGCUGCGGUGCCUGAACCCGCUAGAGGGCCAGUCGCUGGCGGCGCCCGUCGUUGAGAGCUUCGUGUCGGACUUCCGCCUGCGAUUCCUACGGCUACUGCAGGGCCCUUUCCGGGAGCACCCCACGCGUCUGGCACUCUCCGUUGUCGACCCGCUCACGGACUCCCCCGCGAGUCAGGCUGCGCCCUCCGACCAGGCUGCGGCGGCGGACUCCAUCGAGUGCCAGGCGCCGCUGACGGCGUCGUCUCUUCUGCAGUUCUUGUCGCACGACGACCUCCACCGUCUCGAGCAGUACGGUAAAAACCUCGUAGAGUACGCCCUCGUGCUCGACAUUGUUCCCACCUUGGCGAAGCUGUUCCUCGGCAGGCGGAUCCCCGAGGUUCGCCUGUCGAUGCUGCAGUGCGCCAUCCUCGUCGCUGUUGGCUGCCAGCACAAAACGUUCGAUCGGCUGUCGCAGGAGCUCAAAGUGCCAGCCUCGCAGCUUCUGGCCCUCUUCAACAAGGCCAUGCACAAGCUGGCGAACCACUGCAGAUCGCUCCUCGAGAAACAGGUCGAGGAGGAGGAGGGCGGCGAGGCGAAGAGGAGGCUGAAGUCCGGCGAGGUCAUGGCUGGUGGCGAGUUCGUCAGGGAGUCGCUGAAGGCCGACCAGAACGCCGCCGCCGGGAAAGUGAAGAAGAAGCUGGACGGCGCCAAGCAGGAGCUCCUGGCCUCGCUCAGCGACGAGUUCGCUGUCGCCCCUGGCGAGCAGGAGCUGCGGGAAGCGCUGGGCGGGCAGACGGUGCCCAAAGGCUCAGUGUCUGUCAAGAGGAAGGCGGCCGCGGACGGCGACGAAGGGGCCGACGCCGCCGGAGGGGGGCGCAGGAAGCAGAGAAGAUGA